CACCACCUGCCUCGGCUUCCCCCCGUCGUUGGCGCUCCAAGCUCCGUCUCAUCUUUCAUCAGCAUCCACGACGGCUCCAUCCUCCAAGCUCGGCCGCUUACCUCUCCCCCCAGCCCCAGCAUUCGCCCACCAUGUCGCGCGUGAUGCAGAUGCCGCCGCCCCCUCCGCUGCUUCUCACGAAGCGCGUCACGUCGUUCCUGCGCGCUAAUCUCUCGCCGCUCAUCCACUCGGCCAUGCUGACCACCCCGGCCGGAAGUCUGCUCGCCCAUGCCAGUAACCUGCCCGCGAGCGCCCUCCGACGCCAGGCCGCCGUCGCCGCCUCCCUCUGGGCCCUCCAGGGUCCCUCCAACGCAGGACCGGGCUCGACCGAUCCCGCGACGACCGCCUCAAUCCCUCCCGGCAGCACCGUCCGAGCCCGGAAGGGCGGCAGGCACUCGGCGCCCUCCGUCACCGUCCAGCUCGACAACGGCGCCGUCUUCGUCAUCCGCCGCCUGCGCUGCGGGAUGCUCUUCAUCUGCAUGGGUGGCGUCGAGGGUGCUGCUCCGUCAGGGAAGCUCAGCCCCACCCAUCCCGCUCCCGCUCCACACCUCAACCUCCUGAGCCGCAGCCCCGCGUCCGUCGCCCCCUCCGCGGCGACCGAAGGGCACCAUCAUCCGCAGAGCCAACCACCGGACACGACGACUACCGCCGCCGCCGCCGCCGACCCGUCCCUCACACCGCGCCCUUCAACCCCUCCACCACAACCACAGCCACCACCACCACCACCACAACAACAACAACAACAACAACAACCAUCAGCAGCAACGACAUCAACAGCAACACCAGCAGCGGCGACGACAACAACAGGACCACAACCACCGACAUUAACCACCCCAUCCAGCAGCCACCCGCCAGCAACCGGCCCCGCGUCGGGGGGCGGCGCAAGCCAGAGCAGCACAACGCCGACGGCGACGCCGCACCCGGGCUCGCCCUCGCAGGCGUCCGUGCUGUCGGCGCACACGACGGGGGCCGCCUCGACGACGAGCACGAGCACGAGCACCGCGACCGUCUCCGCCGCCGGCGGCGGCAGCGGCAGCAGCAAUAGCAUCGGAGGCGGUAGCAGCAGCAGCAGCGUCUCCCUGAUGCGGCGGCACGUCGAGGAGCUCGCGCGGUGGCUGGACGAGCGGCUGGGCGGGCUGUGCGUGUCCGAGGAAGGGAUCGGUGCUGCCGGGAUCGGGGUCGGGAUCGGCACGGGGACGGGGUAUCAUAACGGUCCUGGUCAUCACCAACCUCACCCCAAUCAGCAGCAUCUGCAUCCGAAUCAUAAUAACCAUCUCGCGGGUGCCGGGAUCGGUCUGGGUUAAGAAGGAGGUGGGGGCGGGGGAGAACUCUCAUUUAAACCGAAGAUUGGUGGUGUGAAUGGAUAGGGUCUAGAGCGUUGGAUGUAGUAGACUAGACUCACCUUGGCUUUACUCUCACGAGCGUCGAAAAGAAAGCGAUUUGUAUCUUGUCUCCACCCACUGUCAUGGCUGGCCUCACGUUCCGUGUUCCU